AUGAGUCUUAUCUAUCAUCUUGCACCUGCUUCACGUUGGUAUUCAUGGCCAGAUGAAUUACCCUAUUUACCUGCUGAAUAUGACAGAGAAGGUUUUAUUCACUGUACAUCAGGUGAUGAACUUAUGAUUAAAGUAGCUAAUCAAUAUUAUCGAAAUGUUCCUGGUGAUUAUCUUUUACUUGUUAUUGAUAUGACAAAAUUAAAAAAUCCACCAUCACCAAUUAAAUGGGAAGAAUCAUCUGUAUUUCGUUUACCUUUUCCACAUAUCUAUGGUCCUAUCGAUCGUCAAGCUAUUGUUGAAGUACGAACUAUACAACGAUCCGAUGAUGGAACAUUUGUUGGAUGGACCAAAUCAGAUUAA